GGUGCGCUCCCCCGUCAUUUCGCUUCCCCACCGUUCCGUCCCGUCCUCGACUCAGCGACGCCAUCUUCGCCUCCUGCGCUUUCUCCCCGCCUCGCGCUCGCAGAAGCAGAGACCAGCAGCGAUCCAGCCCUAGCUAGCAUCGCCGCCCGCGUUCCCUGCUCCCAGCCGGCGGGAUGAUCCCCUUCAACCCCGCGGUCGCCGCGGAGGUGCGCGCCCUGAUCCAGGGCGCCGACGAGUCCACCUUCGACCCCAUCUACCGCGAGCUCUGCCAGCUUGCGGAUUGCAGCCCUGAUGGGUGCGUUUUGUUGCUUCAAGUUUGUGUGGACGAAUUACUGCUGAAUGUUGGUGGGGCAAAGAACCCCCAACCUAGACAUGAUCUUGUAGCCACCAUCUUCAGAUAUUGUUUGGAUAAACCCUACUUCCGCACCAGUUUUUGUCAAGCAGUGAGCACAAUACCUGUCAAUGAUGGGUUCCUUGAAACACUGUCCAGUGAACUUGAGCUAUCCGCAGCUGAGAGGGUUGGAGUUGGACUUGUUCUGUCAGAUUCGGAAAAUCCAGACUUAAAUCUGGAAGGGAGAAAGUUUACAAUUGCCCAAAUUGAGGAGUUAUGCUCAAAUCAUGCACACUCUGUAUCAAAUGAACGAAUUCAGGAGAUUGUGGUGUUUCUUCUCCAGACUGAUGGCCUCUCAAAGCAUAUGGACUCUUUUACUAACAUUAUAUCCCUACUAAAUCCGAAAGAGAGGCCAUUCUAUGUUCCUGUCUCACUCCAGGAAGCCAAUAGCAAUCAAGCAAAUUAUUCGAGACAUAUGGAGCUGUGCAUUGGUAGCUUAGAUGAUGAUUUUGAUUCCCUUCUAUCCGAAAUUGGAAAACAGAUAAGCCUCCCCGAUAUUAUCACUGAACUGGGAUAUGGAUGUGCUUCUGAUAUUGCUCAUUGUAAAGAGAUACUAUUGCACUUUGAGCCUCUUGAUAACAUGGCAAUCGCUAAGUUACUUGGUGCGGUUGUUUGCACUCGUAUUGGUGUUGGAGAGACUCAAAACACAUAUUCAAUCUUCCUUUCUGCUUUUGGGAACAGCCAAACAGUUGAUUCAUCUCAGUUGACUGCCUGGAAUAUAGAUGUCCUUGUGGAUUCAAUCAAUGAAAUUGCACCUGGAACUAACUGGGCGCUUGUUAUGGAAAAUCUUGAUCAUGUGGGUUUUAAUAUCCCUGAUGAAGCAGCUUUUUGUUUAUUGAUGUCUAUAUAUUCUCGGGCUUGCAAGGAUCCAUUCCCACUUCAUGCAAUCUGUGGAUCAUUGUGGAAGAAUACAGAAGGACAACUGUCAUUCUUGAAAUAUGCAGUGGCUUCGCCUAAUGAUACAUUUACUUUUGCACAUUGUACCAAGAAGAUGGCUUUUCCAGACUUGGGAACUCUUAACCAAGGCAAUCAGGUUUGGUACUGCCUAGACCUUCUUGAGGUGUUAUGUCAGCUUGCUGAACUUGGCUAUGCAAAACCAGUACGAACAAUGCUUGACUAUCCCCUGAUUCAUUGUCCUGAAGUGUUGCUUCUGGGUGUUAGCCACAUCAAUACUACAUAUAAUCUCAUUCAACAUGAAGUAUUGUCUCAUGUUUUUCCUGCUAUGUUAAAGAACAACACGCACAGCCGUCUUAUGAACUACCUCUGGCAUAUCAACCCUUACCUUACUCUUCGAGGAUUUGUUGAUGCUCAUUCUGAUAUAAAUUGUCUUCUGAGAACCGUUGAGAUAUGUGAAGACCUAAAGAUCCUAGCUACUGUCCUUGAUUCCACCCCAUUUGCUUUUAGCAUUAGACUUGCUACAGCUGCCUUUAGGAAAGAUCAUAGUAAUUUGGAGAAAUGGCUGACUGAAAAGUUGAGUGCACAAAGAGCAACUUUUCUUGAGGAAUGUGUUAAGUUCUUGAAAGAAAUUAUGAUGAGCACAAAUUAUAGUGCUGCGGAAAGUUCCAUUCAACAUCCUCAAGUUACUAUUUCAACUAUCUGCCAGGACUCUUGCCCUGUAUUUAUAAAGGUUCUUCGUUCUCACUCGGGGCAGCUGUUGUCUAACCAACUAGUGGAUGAACUUAGGAGAGUUGAAGCGGUGUACGAAUCAAGGAAUCAUGGUGAUGUAGGAAGGGACAUGCCCUCUCCUGAUGUAGGGGAAGACAUUGAGGCUCAGGCAAAUAUUUAUUUUCAACAGAUGUUUGCUGGACAGAUAAGCGUUGAUGCUACGAUGCAGAUGCUUUUACGCUUCAAAGAAUCUAAAGACAAGAGGGAGCUAUCAAUUUUCAACUGCAUGAUCUCAAAUUUGUUUGAAGAAUACAAGUUCUUCCCAAAGUAUCCAGAUGCACAACUUAAAUUAGCUGCUGUGCUUUUCGGCUCUGUCAUAAAGCAUCAACUUGUGGCCCACCUUGCACUCGGAAUCGCUCUACGCGGUGUUCUGGAUGCCCUGCGUAAAUCUAUUGAUUCGAAGAUGUUUAUGUUUGGUACAAUAGCGUUGGAGCAGUUUAUGGAUCGAGUAAUUGAGUGGCCACAGUAUUGCAACCAUAUACUGCAGAUUUCACAUCUUCGCGGAACACAUGCUGAAUUAGUUUCUGCUAUUGAGCAAGCACUUGCCAAGAUAUCAUUGAGUCAAAAUGAGCCGAAUUUGGGGCCUAUGCUUCCUGCGGAUCAGCGGGGUUCUGGUUCACAGUCUAUCGAAAACAUAGAGUCUUCGGAAGCAUCAUGGCAGUUCAUAAAUUCAACACCAACACAACUAGAUAGGACGAUUUCUUCCUUUGCACUACAACAGAGGAACCAAGGUUUCCUAGGGGAGAGGUCCAAAGGCUCAACUAAUACUAGUCAAGCAAAACCCAUGAUGCCUAUUGGCCAGCCACCUCUCGCUUCAACUUCUAGUGAUCUGGGUGCUAAUCCAAAGGCCACUGUGUCAUUGUCCUCUCAAGCUUCUCCACAUCAUUCUAGCUCUGCGUCAGGUCUUUCACAACCUUCUGGUUUUGCACGAUCUAGAAGUUCAGCUCCAUCAGGCAUCCUUCGACAACCUUCAUACACUACAGGUUUUGGAGCUGCUUUAAAUAUUGAGACUCUUGUUGCUGCAGCUGAACGAAGAGAUACACCAAUCGAGGCUCCACCAUCUGAAGUUCAAGACAAAAUUUUCUUCAUGAUCAAUAAUAUUUCCACUUCCAAUAUGGAGGCUAAAGCAAAAGAGUUUAAUGAGGUUUUACAGGAGCACUAUUAUCCUUGGUUUGCGCAAUACAUGGUUAUGAAAAGGGCUAGCAUCGAACCAAAUUUUCAUGACUUGUAUUUGAAGUUCUUCGAUAAGGUUAACUCAAAAUCCUUGAAUAAGGAAAUAAUGAAAGCUACAUAUGAGAACUGCAAGGUCUUGUUACAAUCAGAUCUUAUCAAAUCUAGUUCUGAAGAGCGUUCUUUGCUAAAAAAUCUUGGUAGCUGGCUUGGAAAAUUCACUAUAGGAAGGAAUCAAACAUUACGAGCAAAGGAAAUUGACCCAAAAAUCUUAAUAGUUGAGGCUUAUGAAAGGGGUUUGAUGAUUGCGGUCAUUCCGUUUACUUCAAAGAUUCUUGAGCCUUGCCAUUCAAGUAUAGCAUAUCGUCCUCCAAAUCCUUGGACAAUGGGUAUUCUUAGUCUCCUUGUUGAAAUAUAUAACCUACCAAAUCUCAAAAUGAACCUGAAGUUUGACAUUGAGGUCUUGUUUAAGAAUCUCAGUGUUGACAUGAAAGAUGUAAAACCAUCUUCUCUUCUUAAAGAUCGGAUUCGUCAAGUUGUGGGAAAUCCAGAUUUUUCAAAUAAAGAUGUUAGUACAUCUCAAACAUCGGCAUCUGCAGAGGUCUCUUCUGGGCUCGUUGCUUCAAUGAGCCAUGUGGAACUACAACCUGAGAUUAGUAGCACCUCACGUGCCACAAGCCUUCCAAAUAUGCUUAACCAGUAUGCAGCGCCUAUUCGCCUACCUUCCAACAGCAUGGUUGAAGAUGAUAAGGUUGCUUUAAUCAUGCCUGAACAGGUUACCUCUCACAGCCUGACCCAGGUUGCACCACCUCAAACGCCAUCACCAUCCCCGUUUUCUCUGAGUCAGCUUAUGGCAGCAAUCCCACGUGCCGAUAUAUAUUUUAGAAUCAACGAAAAGCUUAACUCUCUUGGCCCACAGUUGCAGUAUAGCAAAAUCAUGGAUGUGGCUUUGGAUAAGGCUAUUAAGGAGAUUAUAGGUCCUGUCAUUCAAAGAAGUGUAACGAUAGCUAGCCGAACCACCAAGGAGCUUAUUCUAAAGGAUUAUGCAAUGGAAUCUGAUGAUGGUACCAUAUCUCGCGCUGCACAUUUGAUGGUUGGUACAUUAGCAGGAAGUUUAGCCCAUGUUACUUCCAAGGAGCCCCUUCGCGUUGCUUUGUUAUCUCAUCUUCGAAGUCUUGUUCAGAACCUGAUUAGUAACAGUGAAACCACCGAACAAAUUAGUCAAAUUCUUGUUAAUGAUAAUCUGGAUCUUGGAUGUGCUCUAACAGAGACUGUGGCAACACGCAAGGCCGUUGAUAUGAUUGAUGCAGACAUCAAGCAACCUUUUUCGCAACUCAGGAGACAAAAGGAACUACAGGGCUCCGCGUAUUAUGAUGUUUCCCCUUAUACUCAAGGUCUUGCACGUGUCCCCGAUGUACUUCGUCCAAAGCCUUCUGGUAACUUGUCUGCUGUCCAACGGCGAGUAUAUGAGGUGAAGCAGCAUAUCAUGAAUUUCUUCACAUUCAGCAUUUUUUCUAUUCCAAGCACCUGCAGCUUAUUUCAUUGUCAAUUUCAGGACUUCAUCACUGUUUGGCAUAGCCAGAGCAGUCAAAAUGCUGUGGCAACAACUCCUGCUACAACCGUGCCUGUUGCCCUUCCUGAUUCCAGUAUUGUUUCAGUUCAUGGCCCAAUUUUAGCACCAUCAGCCUCCAGUAGUUUCUCAACUCUCCAAUUUGCCCCAUUCACAUCUUCAAAUCAGUCAACAGAACUAAUACCUGACAAGACGGAUUCUGCUACUACACAGCUUUCUAGUGUUUCUGCUCAAACUAGCACAACCGACAGUUCUGGUCAAGUUUCUGGAAUCACAAAUGUUGCAUUUGUUUUUCCGCCUAUGGCCUCUGGCGACCUUCUAGCGGGAGAAUUAGCAACUACAGCUAAAGAUAUAGGUGCUGCAAUACAGGCUUCGCCCGCAGUUGCUAUUAAUCGUCUAGGAUCUGCUUUUCCGGAACUGCUGAAUAGUGGUGAUGCGCUAGACAGAUAUCGGCUUGUUUGGCAGAAGCUGGAAACCUUGAUCGUGAAUAAUGGGAAAGAUGCAGAAAUUCAGUCUGUUAUUGCGGAAGUUCCUGAUAUCUUGCUCAGAUGUGUCAGUCGGGAUGAAGCUGCAUUAGCAAUUGCACAGAAGGUUUUCAGAAGUUUAUAUGAAAAUGCGUCAAAGAGCACUUUUGUCACAUGGCUUCUAGCAACCCUUGUUGCAGUGCGUGAUGUUUGCAAACUUGUUGUGAAAGAGUUAACAAGCUGGGUAAUAUAUUCAGAUGAAGAGAAGAAGUUUAACUUGGACAUAAUUAUUGGACUUAUUCGUUCUGAUCUGCUUAAUCUUGGGGAGUACAAUGUUCAUUUGGCAAAGCUUCUAGAUGGUGGAAGAAAUAAGACUGCAACGGAAUUUGCAAUAUCACUCAUCCAGACAUUGGUUACCCAAGAUUUCAGUAGCAUCUCCGAGCUUUUUAAUGUUGUUGAUGCCUUAUCGAAGCUUGCAACGAGGCCUGGGUCACCUGAUUCCUUGCAGCACUUGAUUGAAAUUGCAAGGAGUUCCUUCAACAACAAUGCUAAUUAUGCUGCUUCGAAGGAUGAAAAGGUUAUUCAGGCAAGAGAUAAAAAGGUUCUAUCUGGUCGUCCUUUAAUGAAUAACGAAGAAGAUAAUGCUGAUGGCAUUGCUUUUGCUAGUGCUGCUGAUUUUCAGGACAAGGUUGCAGUCUUGUUUUCUGAGUGGUGUCAAAUAUGUGAUCAUCCUGCUAUGGGUGAUUCAGUGUAUAGUCAUUACAUUGUGCAGUUACAACAGAACGGCUUGCUGAAGGGAGAUGAUGUGACUGACCGUUUCUUCUUUAGUCUGACGGAACUUGCUAUCGCCCACUCUAUAGUGCCUGAGCAAACCAUUGCUCCUACUGGACUAUCUCAGCAAUCGUCCCCGCAACAGCAGAUUUCAUAUUUUUCAAUUGAUUCAUAUUCAAAACUUGUGGCUUCAGUUGUCAAAUCUGUGGAUUUAGGGCCAAAUAAAGGCAGUCUUCUCCAUAAGAUUCUCGCUGUGACAGCUAGAAUCAUUCAGAAAGAUGCCGAAGAAAAGAAAGUCUCUUUCAAUCCUCGGCCAUAUUUUCGUUUGUUUAUAAAUUGGCUAAAUGAGCUUACUACUUCUGACCUUCACCAUGACGGCGCUAAUUUUCAGGUUUUGACUGCAUUUGCAAAUACGUUCCAUAUUCUGCAACCCUUGAGAGUUCCAGCUUGGAGUUUUGCUUGGCUUGAGUUGGUGAGCCACCGAUGCUUCAUGCCAAAGUUAUUGAUGUGCAAUUUGCAAAAAGGCUGGCCAUUUUUUCAGAGGUUGCUUGUUGAUUUGUUCAAAUUCAUGGAGCCAUACUUAAGAAAUGCUGAAUUGGGACAGCCUAUUCUUCUUUUGUACAAAGGAACAUUAAGAGUGCUGCUUGUGCUACUACAUGAUUUCCCUGAAUUUCUCUGUGACUAUCACUUCAGUUUCUGUGAUGUGAUUCCCCCAAGCUGUAUUCAAAUGCGUAAUGUUAUUCUUAGUGCCUUUCCACGCAAUAUGAGACUUCCAGAUCCCUCCACUCCUAACUUAAAGAUUGAUCUGCUAGCGGAGAUUUCAAUAGCUCCUCGAAUCAUGACUGAUGUGGAUGGUGCUUUGAAGGCAAAGCAAAUGAAGGCUCAGGUUGAUGAAUACCUAAAGAGACCAGAAGGAUCCCUCUUUUUAACUGAUCUAAAGCAGAAGUUGUUGCUACCACAAAAUGAGGCAAAUGUCGCAGGGACUCGUUACAAUGUUCCUCUAGUUAAUUCACUUGUCCUUUACGUUGGUAUGCAGGCUGUGCAACAGUUGCAGCAAAACAAGGCGAAUGCAUCGGCAUCAGCCCAAAUUAACCAAAGUCCUCAAAUGGAUAUAUUCCAGAUUGAAACAGCUACUGAGCUGUUCAGAAACCUUGUAAUGACUAUGGACACAGAAGGUCGCUACCUUAUUCUCAAUGCGAUUUCUAACCAGCUUCGCUAUCCAAAUAGCCAUACCCACUACUUUUCCUUCAUCAUUCUGUACUUGUUUGCUGAAGCAACCCAGGAAAUUGUCCAGGAGCAAAUAACUAGAGUUCUUUUGGAAAGGUUAAUUGUCAACCGUCCUCAUCCUUGGGGAUUACUUAUUACUUUCAUUGAGCUGAUAAAGAACCCACGCUACAGCUUUUGGACUAGAUCCUUUACACACUGUGCGCCCGAGAUAGAGAAGCUAUUCGAGUCAGUUGCAAGGUCCUGUGGAGGGAAAGGCGCGGAUGAUGGAAUUGGUCUCGCAGAUGGUGGCCACUAGGAAAAUGUGUACUGUUUGUACAUUUGUUUAUACCAUCGAUUAGAAUUCUGAAGACAUUGGCUUCAAUUUUACUGUUGGAGUUUUAGGAUUUUGUAUAGAGCUAGAGCACCUUGCACUGAGGGCCAACUUUGAUAGUUAUAUGAAUGUCCCCUCCAUGCAAGUAGUAGGUGGUUUGUUCUUGAAUGCAAAUUAUGUUACUUGAGCUGGGAGUUGAGACUUGCUCUGUGAUCCGUCCCAUUCCUACAGCAUAUAUUAAAGUAAAAAAGAGUGACUAUUCAAGUAGAUUCAAAACCUUA